UAUGUCAAAUCCGUGGUCGGUGUUAAGAGUUUAUCUCGCGCCUCGUGCAGCCAAUCAGCUGGCUGGAGUCGGCUCAGCCUCAGCCAGAGUUGUACUGGAGAGCCUGAGCUCAGUGUGAUCGCCUGCUGUGCGUAAAAUCUACCUGUCAGACGCAGCCGCGGUGCCAUGGCAGGCAGAGCUAAGCGAGCAAAGUCCGGACUUCACACGGAAUAAGUUGCCUUUGAACGGAUGUUGCGCUGCGAUGGCAGUUUUUCCAAAACUGAUGAUGUGAAGUGGAAAGGUGCGUCCGUCCGUCUCCAUCGAAUCAGUUGCGCCGAGGAACGAUGCUGAGCAAAGCUGCGGGACGAUUUUCCACUACAGCUACCAGACUGGCACAUCUUUUUUGGACUUCACUCUGUGAUCUAUUAGACGUUUGAACCUGCCAACAUGGAGAGCCUCAGCGAGCUCCAGAACCCCCUGCUAGACAAAACCAGCAGACAAGCAGUGCACAACGAUUACCAGGGCUACCAGUGUGACUACCCGGGCCAGCCCUACCAGGACAGCCUCAUUGGCUACUACUACACUGGGACUAAUGGCAAGCAUAAGACUCAACAGUUCCUGGACGCCACAUCUCUGCAUCUGGCUGUGGAGGCCUUUUACAGGCCCAACUUCAUCCUGUACAAGGACGACGUGAGUCUCCACAGCAAGGACUCCAAGAGUGAGAGCUUUGAGACCACGUUCACAGAGAGUAAGGACACUGGGUUGGAUGGGGUUGCCAUAGAGAACCCCCUGGAUAGCACACAAGGAGAGAAGGAUGCUAAGAUACAGACGGUGUCGUACGAUGUGGAGGAGGAGCAGGGUCCUGAGUAUGAGAGUGACAGCUCCAGUGACAGUGAGAGCGAGGACAACUUCAUGGUGCUGCCCCCCCGCGAUUACCUGGGCCUCGCCAUCUUCUCCAUGCUCUGCUGCUUCUGGCCCUUGGGCAUCGUUGCCUUUUACUACUCUCACAAGGCAAGGCUAUUGCUAAGGGAGACUUCUCCAGAGCCGGGAUGGGCUCCAGGAGAGCCCUAUUCCUGGCUGCUCUUUCCAUCACCAUUGGAACAGGGAUGUAUGUGGGGGUGGUUGUGGCCCUCAUAGCCUACCUGUCAAAGCCUGGACACGUAUAGCGCUGGGUUUGCUUACAGGGAGAGAGAGAGAAAAAGGAGGCAAGAUGGGAGGAAGGGAAAUGGCGAGUAUGGACACCUGAUGGCGCGUGCCGGAGAGAAGAGACUUUACCAAAAAAGACGGAAAAUAAGAGAACAAGAUGUGUGGAUGGAAUAAGAUUUGGACAGCAUAUUCAUUCAAACAAAAAUCUUUACUCCUGGGAUGUACCACCACAAGAAGAAAAGCGGAGCAGGAUGACUACUUCCAUAAAGACUGAGCUGUACUAAUACGUCAGAAAAAAACUGAGCUCAUAUCAGUAAAGAGCUACCUUUUACCACAUUAGUCAUUUACAGCAGUUUUAUUUUUGUCUUUAUAGAUGUCUUCUCUGCCAGUACUAUUGCAGGUUGUGUAUUGUCUACCGUAAAUUCAUUUAUUGGGAAAACAGUCAGCCAGUGGGCUUUAAUGUGGUUGUUUGUUCAAGGAUUACACAGUCAAUGGAUCCAGGCGGUAAACAAAGACGCAGACUGCUAAUAGAAAGAAUAAAAAUGUACACAAAGUUUCUGAGCAGUUGUCGAGAGGGUGUUUUGUGUUUAUUGUGUGCUGUAAAAUUCAAUAAAUAAAUUUGGCAUGAAUAAU